GCCUCUACUACAAGCUUUACGGUACCAACAUGGCCACUUACUUGAGCGUAAACAUGGACUUCUGAUCCCUUGUGCUUAUUUAAACGUUGCAAGACUAUGAUAUUUUGAUAUUGCAUAUAUCACAACUUUAACAUGAAGCUUUCGCGAGUCGCAUCUUUUUUAGUCCGGGGCCAUCGCGCUUCCCGAUCUGGAGCUGUCCUCCUUAAAAACAGCUACUCUGUGUCUGCAGUCAGAGACAGCACUGCCCUUCUGUACAGAAACCACGGGGAGCCCUCACAAGUCGUCCAGUUGGAGUCAGUGCACCUGCCCCAGGUGGGACCUGAAAGUGUCCUGGUGAACAUGUUGGCGGCUCCCAUCAACCCAUCUGAUAUAAAUAUGCUUCAAGGCACAUAUGCCAUCCUGCCUGAGCUUCCAGCGGUGGGGGGCAAUGAGGGUGUGGCCCGGGUCAUGGAGGUGGGUGACAAGGUGAAGGCGCUCAAGGUGGGCGACUGGGUGAUUCCAAGAGAUGCCGGCAUAGGAACGUGGAGAACAGCAGCUGUGUUGAAGGCUGAUGAUCUGGUGACUUUGCCUAAAGACAUUCCUGUGCUGUCUGCUGCCACUUUGGGAGUCAAUCCCUGUACAGCUUUUAGGAUGCUCACAGACUUUGAGGAGCUCAAACCAGGAGACACAGUUAUCCAGAACGCAGCUAACAGCGGAGUCGGACAGGCUGUUAUCCAGAUCGCUGCUGCUAAGGGCAUUCAAACCAUCAACGUCGUCAGAGACAGGCCUGACCUGCAGCAGCUCUCUGAGAGACUGACAGCACUGGGAGCCACACAUGUCAUCACAGAGGAGACGCUAAGACGGCCAGAAAUGAAGGAGCUUUUCAAGUCGUGUCCUCGGCCUAAACUAGCUCUGAAUGGAGUUGGAGGAAAGAGCGCCACAGAGCUGUUACGUCAUUUACAAAGUGGAGGGAGUAUGGUGACCUAUGGUGGGAUGGCCAAACAACCAGUCACUGUUCCAGUGAGUGCACUGAUCUUCAAAGAUGUGAAAAUAAGAGGUUUUUGGGUGACCCAAUGGAAGAGAGACAACAAACAUGAUGAAGACGCCUUACGUAACAUGCUGGAUGAACUCUGCGUCCUCAUUCGUGCCGGGAAGCUGUCGGCUCCAGCUUGCAUUGAAGUGAGCCUUCAAGACUUCAGAAAGGCCCUGGAGAACGCCAUGAAGCCGUAUGUGUCCACCAAACAAGUUUUUGUCAUGUGACCCCAUUUGAGUGUCUCGCAUGCGUUCACAUGUGUUUGUUAAGAUCUGCGUAAUCUUAAUUCAGCCCAAACACACAUACAGUAAAUGUGUGACAUUAAAAUCCAGUGAGCUUCACUGUGGGUCUUGGCUUUGAUUUUGAAUAUGCUGACAUUUAUUACAUACUUAGUAUUUAUGAGCAUCUUAAGGAUUAUCAGUCCAUCAGACGUCAGUCAACAUUUACUGAUAACCAGAUAAUGUACAGAGAGCAUGAGUUUGACUGCUUGCCAAGAAAGACUGAGCAUUUAUUUAAUCUCAAGCAUCUUGGCAGAUUAUUGUAUGCAGACUGAAUAAUGAGAAAUUACCACAUGUUAAAAAAUAAACAACAUUUUGUUAAUGAUAUUAAUGAGUUCAACUAAUAAACACAUUGGGGUUUGCUAAAACUCAUUGUUCUCUUGGCUGGUAUUGACAAAAAGGGUUUCCAUGUAAAUUUUGGGAUAUUGCAUAAAAAAAUGCUGAAUGGAAACACAUCAACUUGUAAAUGUGCAUAAAAAUACAAUGCGCUUAGUUGAGGUGGAUAAUGUUUUUAUUCUGUAAGAAAACAUGACAGAAACACAUUUGUCAAUUAAAUUACUGAAUGCCUCAACAGA